GAACAACGCGCCAAUUAAAACACUCUUCCUCUUCCGCUCAAAAUCCCUAAUUCUUUUGUCAUGGACUCAAUUGAGGCACCGUCGUUUUCGCUAGGGUUUGAUCUUGAUGCUCCAUCAGAUCCCAAUUCGGGAUUGAUCGGAGACGACGAGCUAGAACCGGAAAUUACGGUCGCAGAUUCCGAUCUGGAGCUUGACGCAGGUUCUUCAAGCCCAGUUCUCAAGAGGUUGCGACGGGGAAUCAAUGAUCACACCAAGUGUUCUGCGAAAGAUAAUACCAAUGAGUUGUUAGGUUUCAAUGUUGAUCGCGACGAUGACGACGACAUCGAGGAGUUCUCUUCUCCGGAGGAUGCACCUGCAUCAACAAGAAGUCAUUUUUCUAGUUGCAGCUCGAGAGCCUCACUUCGUGGUUCUGGUGUUUUUACUAACCAGCCUUCUUCUAUCUCUCGGGGAAAAAGAAAGCGGUUGGAUCAUGUUCCACCUUCUACUGGCUCUGGGAUUACUUCUGUUGAACCAUUGUUUCAAAGCUCAACUCGUAGUCCCUUACGAAGGUUUCAGCUACUUGAUUCAGAUUCAGAAGAUGAACACCCAUCCACUCGCAGCAGCGGUUUAAGCCGAGCAACUAAAACAAACGAUUCGUCAUCGAAGAGAAAGGAACCUGGAUCUAUGCCAUGUACUGGUGAUCUGUUGAAAGAUUUUCCCCCUGUGACAAUUUCCAAGACUCAAACACCAGCUCAACGAAGGUUCCAGCUUCUAGAUUCAGAUCCUGAAGAUGAUCACCCAUCUUCCAGCAGAGGUUUAAGCCGAGUAACUAAAACAAAUGAUUCAUCCUCCAAGAGAAACGAACCUGAAUCUAUGCCAUGUACUGGUGAUAUCUGGAAUGAGUUUUCCCCGGCAGUUUCCAAUACUCAAACACCAGCUCUAAAGCGAUUCCAGCUACUUGCUUCAGAUUCUGAAGAUGACCACCCAUCAACUAGCGGAAGAGAUGUAAGCCGAGUAACUCAACCAAAGGAUCAACCAUCUGUUGCGAGUAAACCAAAGAGAAAGGAAUCUGAAGAUUUGUGGAAAUAUUUUUCCCCGGUGGCUGUUUCCAAGAUUCAGACACCAGCUUUGGAUGAUGUUUGUCAGGACUAUUUUAGCUCGAUGAAGACGAGUACUAGUAGCAGCACAGCUCAGAAACAAAGCAGUGAUGUUGCAAGUAGUAGCAAUAGUGGGUUGUUUCAGCAAACUGGGCAGUUCUUGGAUCUCUCCCAGCCUUCUCCUCCAUCUCAUCGUUUCUUCUUGCACAGUGAUCCAAGGAUCCAGAGUUUAGCUCGAAAGCGGUUACCAUACUUCUUUCCUCUGGGAAUUUUCAAUGAUAGAGAGAGCCGGCGAGAGGAGUGCCGUAUUGAUUAUAUGUGGGGCAUUGACAUAUGUCUCCAAUGCCAUUGCAGGAACCAAUUUGGCAGCAAAGAGAGUUCUAAAACCAUAGACUCUAGCAGCAAAAGCUGCAGAAGAGGGCAACCAAAGUCAAAAGGGCAAGAGAGUACCAAAGCAAGAUCCGCAGUUCCAAGGGAUGUUGGCAAAAUACGUGUAUCAGCUAAUAGUGGUUCUGCAGGUCAUUGGUUCACAUCCUCAGAAGGAAGAAAGGUUUAUAUCUCUAAAAGCGGACAAGAGUUCUCAGGUCAAAGUGCAUAUAGAUGUUUCAAAAAGGAGACCGGAGGCGGAUUUAAAAAGUCCAAAAAGAAAAGACAGCCAAAGAAGAAGGCCAAGAAUUGAAUAAUGGAAGCCAUUGUGUUACUUCUAGGUACUUAGGUAGGAUACCACAAACUCGAUCCCUCUUUCAUAAAGGACCUUACACAUAUCUAUAUUGUCUUAGUUUUAACAUUUAUGCAUCCAACAAAAAUUCACUAGUUUCGGUAGGAACAAAACCGAUGGGUUUCUUCUCGAAUAUCUUUAGCUGUUUCCCAAAGGACCUCUCUGGAUCUUGAGAUUAUGUCUGCAACAGUCGUCUUUUGUGUUAUACGAAGCUUCAACAGCUCCACAAUUCAAAAGGGGUUUAAUGGCAUCUACUUGAAGCUUUUUCUCCAACUGUUUUGUAAUCGUUUUGAGUAUGUUUCUAUCCUGUGAAUAUCUUGGAUUUGUUUGUACAUUAAUUAUAUAAACGGAUCGUGUUUUGUUACAUUGCAUCCGUUAUUAACCAAUUAUGACCAUGUCGCA